AUGGGAGAACCUUCAGGCCGCAACCCCGCCGGCCAAAUGUAUGGCAUUCGUUCCAGUAUAAUGCAGGAAGAUAGAGUAUAUUGCUUUUAUUGUUAUCUUUUCCGGAAUGAUGGAAAUCCGUCCAAUUGUUCGGCAUUGGUAACUUCUGGAUAUAACAAGUGGAAGAGGGUUAAUGACGGAGCAAAAUGUGUAUUUCUUACUCAUUUACGAUCAUCGGAACAUAAUAUGUGUGAGAGAAGAGCUAAAGAUUUAAUGAAACCGUCUCAACAUAUUGAUAAAGUGAUACGUACAAUAUCGAAUGAAGAAGUUGAGAAACGUCGUCUACGUUUAAAGACUUCAAUUCGAAGUGCACGUUGGCUAGCAUUUCAAAGUUGUUCCUUUAGAGGUCAUGAUGAAUCUUCAUCUUCAUUAAAUCGUGGGAAUUUUAUUGAGAUGAUAAAAAUUUUGGCAGAAACAAAUACAGAAAUUGAUAAAGUUGUGUUGAAAAAUGCUCCAAAAAAUGCCCAAUACAUUGCUCCGAGUAUUCAAAAAGAAAUCUUACACAUAAUGGCGAAUAGAGUAAGAAGGAUGAUUCGUGAAGAAGUUGGGGAUGGAUACUUUUGUAUUCUUGUUGAUGAAGCACAAGAUGCAUCUAAGAGAGAACAAAUGGCUAUUAUUUUGAGGUUUGUGAAUGGUCAGGGUAUUUUGACGGAACGCUACUUUGAUAUCAAAAGCGUCAGCGACACCACAUUAUCAAGUCUAAAAAAUGAGAUUGUAAAUGUUCUUGCUCAACAUGAACUUGAAGUGUCAAAAAUGAGAGGCCAAGGAUAUGAUGGUGCUAGUAAUAUGCAGGGCGCUUGGAAUGGACUUCAGGCAUUAUUUCUUAGAGAUUGUCCGUAUGCGUAUUACGUCCACUGUUUCGCUCAUCGAUUACAAUUGGUAUUGGUUUAUGCAGCUAAAGAAGUUGAUGUUAUUUGGGAGUUCUUUUCUCAUCUGGACAAUAUUAUCAACAUUAUCACUUCUUCCCCUAAGCGUGUUAUGGAGUUACAAUCUGCUCAAAGAAUUGAAAUUGAGCAUAUGUUAGCUAUCGGGGAGCGUGAGUCUGGAAGUGGAGCAAAUCAAGUGGGUAAUUUACAACGAUUAGGAGCAACUCGUUGGAGUUCGCAUUAUGACUCUAUAAAGAGCUUAAUAAAUAUGUAUAAUGCAACUUGCGCAGUGUUUGAAAAUCUUAGUGUUCAUUGUCCAAAUGGAAAAUCUCGAGGUGAAGUUCGUGGUACUUACAAACAUAUGAAAAGUUUUGAUUUCGUGUUUAGUUUGCAUUUAAUGCAUACCAUUAUGAGAAUAACCGAUGUUCUUUGUCAAGCCCUUCAAAGGAAAUCUCAAGACAUUCUGACCGCUAUGAGAUUCGUUUCGACUACAACAAAACUCCUCCACAAAUUAAGAGAUGAUGAUUGGGAAGAAUUUCUUGAGGAAGUGAAAAAGUUUUGCUCAAAACAUGAUAUUGAGAUACCCGAUCUAGAAAGUAUAUAUAAGGUUGGUCCUUGCCGUUCUCGUGAUCCAAUUACAAUAAAGCAUCAUUAUCACUUUGAUGUUUUCAAUGAAACAAUAGAUUACGUAUUGAUGGAAUUAAAUAUAAGAUUUAAUGAUACAUCAGUUGAACUUCUCACACUUAGUGCAGCGUUGGAUCCUAGGGAUUCAUUUGCAUCAUUUAACAGUCACGAUAUUUGUACACUUGCUGAGAAAUUCUAUCCUGAAGAUUUUUCAAAGGAAGAUAUUCGUACUUUGAAAUAUGAGUUGCGACACUAUGAGCUAGAUAUGAAGACUGAAUCUCGAUUUCAAGUAUCUACACUUGUUGAGUUAUGUCGACAGUUAACUGAGAGUAGAAGAUCGGAGAUUUAUGUUAUGAUUACUAGACUUAUUUGUCUUGUACUGACUUUACCUGUUUCUAUCGCGACUACCGAGCGAGCAUUUUCAUCAAUGAAAAAUGUGAAGACGGAUCUUCGUAACAAAAUGGAAGAUGAAUUUCUUGCUGAUUGUAUGACACUCUUCAUCGAACGAGACCUUGCUCAAAAGAUAGAUAUAGAUUCUGUGAUAGAUGAAUUUUAUGUCUCAAAACCUCGUCGGGAACAGCUUCAAAUUAAAUGA